AUGCAUGCGGAGGGGGCCCUCAACGGCCUGAUAGGGAGGUAUCCCGCCAAGGCACACGCGUUACGCGUAGCUCAGUACAUCCAUGCUAAGAUGCCUUACACAAACGGUUUUCUUUUUCUUACGGGGGCCCGAGAGGAAUUCUACGAUGAUACAGACCUAGCGAUUCCGUACCGACAGCUGAGGCCCUUCAUGUACCUGACUGGUAUUACCACUCCCAACUGCCAUCUGAUCUACGACAUCAGAAAGGCUCAUUUGACGCUCUUUGUCCCACCCAUCGACCCCGAAGAGAUCAUCUGGUCUGGAUUGCCCCUAUCGAACGAGGAAAUCCUUGGCAAGUACGAUGUUGACUCUGUGUUGUCCAACACAGAACUCCAAUCAUCAUUAGGCUUCAUCGGAAGCCAAGCAUGCCAGCACGGGGCUGUAAUAUUCACCAUCGGCGACCACCAGAGGCCUGGUGAUAACUUUCCUAUGGAAACGGUAGUGGACUCGAGCCUACUCAAAGAAGCAAUUGACGAGUGCCGAGUGAUCAAAGAUGAUUACGAAAUUGCUUUAAUGCACGAGGCGAACAUCAUCAGUUCUAUUGCACAUCAAGCGGUGAUCAAGUCCCUUAAGGAAUGCAGAACCGAAUCAGAGAUUGAUGGGGUGUUUCUGAGAGAAUGCACGAAACAGGGAGGAAAGGUUCAAGCCUAUCCGAGCAUUGUCGCAAGCGGGCGCACAGCGGCAACGAUGCACUACGAGAGCAACAAUCAAGACCUCUAUCAAAGUGGCAAGCCUAAGGAUGUGGUCGUAGUGGACGCUGGAGCUGAGUGGAACUGCUAUGGCGCCGACAUUGUGAGCUUGUCUUCCUCACCUUUCUCCUGA